AUGCAAGCUUUCAUUCUUUUCUGUGGUUUUCUCAGUGUUUCCCUGGCCUUCCAAUGCUAUGUCGAUGAGAAUCCGAAUGGAGAGGCACCGACGAGUGAUCAAACUGCGAUCGACUGUGCGGAUGGCUGCAAGUAUUGUGCGAAGAUUACCGGGAAAUUGAAGGGCUCAAAAGACAAGGGCUCUCUUUGGGGAUGCGGCUGUGGAGGUGAAUAUGACCUCCCCUGGGUUUUCGGUUACAAGUGCACGAAAAAGGGAACACAGAGUGUGAAAGACGAUGCCGGAGACAAGGGAAAACUCUACUGUUGCGAUAAAGAGAACGUUUCCCUGGCCUUCCAAUGCUAUAUCGAUUUGAAUCGGAAUGGACAGGCACCGACGAGUGCUCAAGCGGUGAUCGACUGUGCGGAUGGCUGCAAGGCUCAAAAAACACGAUCUCUGUGUGGGGAUGCGGCUGUGGAGGUGAUGAAAAAGACAUCGCUGGUCGUGAUUACACGUGCACGAAAGAGGAAACAAAGAAUG